AUGUCAACAAAUUGUGAAUGAGAAGAAAAGCAGCUGUUACCGGCUGAUGAUUGUGAAUUUGUACGGACAUAAAUAAAUGUGUAUAUGAAUGUAACAACUUUUGUAAAUGUUAACUCGUAUUAUUUAUAUGUAAAAAUAUGCAGCGAAGGCCCAAUGAUUCGACAUCUAGUGACUCUGAUGAUGAGGACAAUGAACAAAUGCGCCAAUUUCUGGAAGCAGCUGAUACCACAUUACUCACAAACGCUAUGUUUCAGCCUUCCCUAGAUGAACAUGGUCCCAUAAAGGAGAAUCUGACUGAUAACGUGGUUGAUACCGCAUCUGAACAAAAAGUUCUACCAUCCAACCGCUAUUUACUGGAGGAGGAAGUGAAAGCUGACGUAGAUUUCAUCACAACAGAAGCAGUAAAGAAACAUAUUGCCAAAAAACUUUCUGAACUAAUCGCGCAUUCUGUAGAAUUUGGUGAUUUUCAAACUCCAACAAGUGUUCAAAAAACACGGAAAAGCCGUGUUAUACUCUUCACAGGUGCAGGUUGCUAUGUAAAGCCCUAUGAAGAAUUUGAAUUUGAGUCAAAUGGUCCAACGAAAAGACCUGUUAUAAAAAGGAGGAAACUGGAUGAUCAUGAAGAAAAGGGGACACAAGAAGAUCUCUAUGAUAUGGCAUCUGUAUCAGCCGAAGACAUUCUCAGCGGCAAGCUCACAGCGGGCUGGGUACCAAAACGUGAAAGAAAUGACAAGUUGUUUUCCUACAAAUGUGAUGCUAAUGGCAAACUCCACUUAAAACCUGAAGAAAAUGAAUUUACAAAGCUGCGCCAAAAAAAUCAUUGGAAUGAAUCAAAAAUUAAGCAAAAAAGAAAUAUAAUUUCCAGGUGAAUCGCACAAUAAACCCAAUUGUGGCUUCUAUUGAGUGUUGCAUUUAAUUGCAACACGGUUGUAGAAAAGCUUCUAAUAACGUACA